GAUUCUCACCCCCUUGACCUUAGUAACAUUUAUUUGUGCUCAAGUGAGUCACGGGAACACCUACGGAUAGGCAGUUAUAUAAGACCAGCUUAUCCGCCUGCUCGGAAGCCAUAGUCCUCCUCUUGACUGUAGUUCCAUUGUUGAUCGUUUUAUUUUCCCCAGCUUCUAGGCUUACUUUGAUUCCGGUUGUGCCUUCUUUCACUUUUUUUUUGUUAGUGUGCCUGAUCUAUCUGACCUACCAGAUAUCCAUCUUACAUUAGCCCUUGCAUUGCAUCUUAGCUGGUCCGGUGUCCCUCAGCCCCGCCACUCCACUAUACUCCGUAUCGGACCUGCCGCAUCCUUACGUAUAUUACUUACCGCCGCCGUGUGGGGCGCAUGACGCUGAUCAGAACCCCAUAUCCUGGUCCUCAGCUCAACAACUCACUCAUUAUACCUACCUAACUUCCAUUUGUUGAAGGUCGAAUACUUGCUUACUUAUAUCUGGUUUACCUUUGGACAUUUUGACCAGGCAGACAUUCGGGAUCUACCUUUUUACCUUUGAAAAUCAAUUUUGCAAAGCAUCAAACAUGAACUCUAGCGAUAGCACAUCUUUGCCUGGCUCUACCGCCAAUGGCACAUCAAAUGAGGCCAAUGGAACCAACGGGACAAGUAGGUCCAACGGUACCAACGGUACCAACGGUGUCAACGGAACAAACGGCACCAAUGGCAGCAAUGGCGUCAAGAAGACCAAAAUUUGCGUCUACUGCGGUUCUUCCCCGGGUCACCACCCAGCACACAUGGAGGCUGCCCGUGAACUUGCCCGGGCAAUGGCAAGGAACAACAUAGGUUUAGUGUAUGGCGGUGGCACGAUUGGUUUGAUGGGAGAGGUGGCCAAAACCUUGGUUUCGCUUUCGGGUCCGGAAGCCGUACAUGGCAUCAUUCCAGAGGCGUUGAUCAAGCACGAGCGGGACCCAACAUACACCUCCACCUGGGGUUCAGAGGAGGGAGGGCUCGCGAUACCUGAAGAGAAGACGUACGGCAUGACUACGGUCGUCAAGGAUAUGCACACGCGGAAGCAGAUGAUGGCCCAGGAGGUCAUCGCUGGUGGGCCUGGAAGCGGCUUCAUCGCCCUACCUGGCGGCUACGGCACCAUGGAGGAGCUGCUUGAGACUUGCACCUGGAACCAGCUCGGUAUUCACGACAAGGGCGUAUGCGUCCUCAACGUCAACGGCUUCUACGAUGGUCUCAUCCAGUGGAUCGCCAAGAGCCAGGAGGAGGGAUUCAUCCGCAAGGGCCAGACCGAGAUCCUUGUAUCUGCCGACAAUGCUGAGGAUGCCAUCAAGGCUUUGAGGGACUACAGGGUGUCGGAGAGCGUCUUGAAGCUCAGCUGGGGCAGCCAAUGAGCCGGCAGCGCGCACGCCCGCCUUGCUUUCGAAGUUUACCACUAGGCGAUGCACACAAAUUGGUGCUGGUGCCCGCCCGCUCGCGUCAGUGGCUCAGAAAUCAGCUGGGCAUGCCUUUUGGGCCGGUGAACGAGUGGUGACGUAUUCUUGCCUGAAGCAAGGACCAAUUGUUACCACACCCCCAAUGGGUUAUCGGGUGUCCCACUAUAUCGCAUCCCGGAGGUGUCUUAAAACUGGGAGAAAUCGGAAGCAAUAUGGCAUAUAUAUACCCGCCUCAAAUUACACAUAGUGGCUCUCGGUCAUGAAAAAGGUGUGCAUGCACAAAUGUAAUAUAGAAAAGCAUUGGGCAGCGCGUCUCGGCAUGGAAGC